AUGUUUUGGAAGCUGACACCUCUCUCGGCUUCUUCGCCGGUCGAAGCCAUAUUGGACAAGGAAAAUUUCACUUUGGAAGAGCUUCUUGAUGAAGAGGAGAUAAUCCAAGAAUGCAAAGCUUUGAAUAGUCGCCUCAUAAAUUUUUUGAGGGAUAGAGCACAGGUUGAACAGUUACUGCAUUAUGUUAUUGAAGAGCCUUCCAGUGAUAUAGAUAACAAACGGACAUUCAAGUUUCCUUUCAUUGCAUGUGAGAUAUUCACAUGCGAAAUUGAUGUUAUCCUUAAGACUUUGGUGGAGGAGGAAGAGUUAAUGAAUUUAUUAUUUUCCUUCUUGGAAGCAAGUCGUCCUCACAGCGCCUUGUUGGCUGGAUAUUUUAGCAAGGUUGUUAUAUGCCUCAUGAUGCGGAAGACCAUUCAACUUAUGAACUAUGUUCAGGCCCAUCCUGAUGUUUUUCAACAGAUGGUUGAUUUGAUUGGUAUUACAUCCAUCAUGGAGGUUUUGGUCCGUCUUGUAGGUGCUGAUGAUCAUAUCUAUACCAAUUCCAUAGAUGUCAUGCAAUGGUUGGCUGAAAGUAAUUUAUUGGAAAUGAUUGUUGAUAAAUUAAGCCCUUCUAGUCCUCCUGAAGUGCAUGCUAAUGCUGCCGAAACACUCUGCUCGAUUACCAGAAAUUCUCCAUCCCCUCUCGCUACUAAGUUAUCUAGCCCAAGUUUUAUUUCUAGAGUAUUUGGUCAUGCGCUUGAAGACUCACAUUCAAAAUCUGCUCUUAUCCACUCAUUAUCCGUUGCUAUAUCUAUAUUGGACCCGAAGAGAUCAAUUCCGUCAAGUUUAAUGUAUUCAUUCCGAAGCCAGCAUCAAUAUGACCCUCCUUUGCAUGCUGAUUCUGACACUAUCGGUGCAAUGCUACCUAAUCUUGGGGACUUGCUGAUGCUAUUGAAUGUGUCAUCUGACAAGAAGUUGCUGCCUACACAGUAUGGUGAAUUGUCACCUUCUCUUGGGAAGCAUCGUUUAAAGAUUGUGGAGUUCAUAUCUGUGCUGCUGAGAACUGCCAAUGAAGUAGCAGAGAAAGAAUUGAUCACCUCAGGGACAAUACAGAGAAUCUUGGAUCUCUUUUUUGAGUACCCAUUUAACAAUGCUUUACAUCACCAUGUUGAGAGUAUUGUCUAUUCAUGUUUGGAAAGCAAAAAUACUAUUGUUGUAGAUCAUCUCUUCCAAGAAUGUAAUUUGGUUGGAAAGAUGAUUCAAACUGAUAAACAACCAACCCUUUAUUGGGAUGUGAAUCAGCCUACUAAACCUGCUUCUGGAAAACAAGCACCCCGGAAGGGAAACAUAGGGCACAUUAUGCGGAUAUGCAAUAAACUUGGUCAGUUGGGUAACACUGAUAGCCGCAUCCGGGUACAUCUUGAGAAGAAUACCGAAUGGAGUGAGUGGCAUGCUACCAUCUUGCAGGACCGUAAUUCAAUUGAGAAUGUCUACCAAUGGGCUUGUGGCCGUCCUACUGCAUUGCAGGAUCGAGCAAGGGACAGUGAUGAGGAAGAUGUUCAUGAUAGAGAUUAUGAUUUAGCAGCAUUAGCUAAUAAUUUGAGCCAAGCAUUCCGAUACACUAUAUAUGAUAAUGAUGAUGCUGAGCAGGGUCAUGGAGCGCUUGACCGAGAAGGGGAGGAUGUGUAUUUCGACGAUGAAUCUGCUGAAGUUGUCAUAUCAUCCCUGAGGUUGGGAGAUGAGCAGGGGAGCAGUUUGUUCACAAAUUCAAACUGGUUUGCUUUUGAAGAUGAUAGAAAUGUUGAUUCCAUGAACACUUCACCCUCAGAGAUGAUGGAGGAGAUGAACAUGAAUGGAACUUCAAAUGGUGGCAAUAGUAUUAGUGAUGAUGAGGUUGUAGUUGGAGAGGAGGAUGAACUGACAGAGAGCAAACACUGUGCUGAUGGCAUGCCCAGGUCGAGUGCAAACAUGUUUAAUGGAUUUAGCGGAAAUGACAGUGUUAAUGGUGGAGACCUGAAUGUGCGAAAUGACAAGGCAUGUGCAUCUACUAACAUGGAUUUUUUCCGUUUCGAGACAUCAGACAAUGAGGAUCCAUUUGGAAACAACAGGAGGCCAAUACCUGAAUGGGCAGCAUGGGGAGAUGUCUCAUUUCUCCAAGGUGGUAGAUCCAGUGUGAAUCCUUUUCUUGAUGAUUACAGUGAUGACUGCGAUCAUGUGAAUCCAGCAACCACUACUGCUGUGUCUCCCCUUAGUUCUACUACUUCCAAUGGAGAAACUAUUGUUCCAAAUGGUGCCACCUCUACUACUCAUAGAGGCACCCCAGUUCCUUCUUUGUUCGAAGAGGAUGUUGAGUUUGUUGGGGUGGAACUAGAGGGUACAGAGAAGGCAAUGGAACACGCCCUUAAGGAGGGGAUUGUAGGGGAAGCGGCACCAUUGAAAAAGAACCUCAUUCACAAGUUGCCAGAGAAUGAGAAUACAGAAGAUAGUGGAGCAGGUAUAAAAGAGUUCAAUGAUGCAAAUUAUUGGAGAGUUGAUCAUGAGGUGGCAGUGUUGGAAUAAGAGGAGGCCGGAGGGAUAUCCGGUUUCAGUAGGGCGGGCAGGUGAGAGUUAUUAUGCAGAAGACAUGUACAGUUUAAUCUUUGUUCCAAUUUGGAUCUGAUCCAUCGAAGAUGAUAGGCUAAUGUUUGUUGUAGACUUUGAUGUCUAUACUCUUAGGUCUGUAUUGUCGUCACCAAAUUCUUGACCCCUUCUCUUAUACAUUCUAUGCAUUGUCUUAUACUCCGUAUUUGUUGUUUUUAUUUGGUAGCUGCCCUCACUCUCCUCAGUUUACUUCAAGUAUAUGACUCUUAUAUGACCAUAGAUUAAUACAAAUUGGAAGGAAGAUAAGGCUGCA